AGGGUGAUGGUAGAAUUGUAGACAAACGGUGGUUGGUUUCUCCGCACUGACUUUAUCUUGAAAUCUCACCCCACCCACCCAAUCUCAUUUCAACCUCUCUUUCAUUCCCUUCUUGGAGCAGAGUAUCCAUAAUUUCAUAUUCCAUAGCAUAAUGGCAUGCUCAGCUACCUCUGCUUCUCUCUUCUCUCUAAACCCCAAACCCAAACCUCUCUUCUCUUCCAAACCCUCUCUCUCCAUUCCCAAUUCCCUCAAUCUCAACGCUCUUACCAAACCCUUUUCCCUCUCUCGCUCCUCUCAUUCCCGUCGCUCCUUCGUCGUCAAAGCCUCUAGUGAACUUCCAUUAGUUGGAAAUACUGCACCGGAUUUUGAAGCAGAGGCUGUUUUUGAUCAGGAGUUCAUCAACGUCAAACUCUCUGAUUACAUUGGAAAGAAAUAUGUUGUGCUCUUCUUCUACCCAUUGGACUUCACUUUUGUUUGUCCCACAGAAAUCACUGCUUUCAGUGACCGGCAUGCAGAGUUCGAGGCACUAAAUACUGAGAUAUUGGGUGUUUCAGUUGACAGUGUGUUCUCGCACCUUGCAUGGAUUCAAACGGAUAGAAAGUCAGGUGGACUUGGUGACUUGAAUUAUCCUUUGAUUUCUGAUGUCACCAAAUCCAUAUCAAAAUCGUAUGGUGUUCUUAUUCCUGAUCAGGGAAUUGCAUUGAGAGGACUGUUCAUUAUUGACAAGGAAGGGGUUAUUCAGCAUUCUACCAUUAACAACUUGGCAAUUGGUAGAAGUGUUGAUGAGACUAAGAGAACUCUUCAGGCCUUACAGUAUGUGCAGGAGAACCCAGAUGAAGUUUGCCCUGCUGGGUGGAAGCCUGGGGAGAAAUCCAUGAAACCAGACCCUAAACUUAGCAAAGACUACUUUGCAGCGGUGUAGGAGGAUAAAUAGUUAAGAGUAGCCAUGCACAUCUACAAGGGUCUUGUUUUUAAUGUAAUGUUAGUCCUUAAAUUUUGAGCCGCAGGGUGUGGUAAUAAAUGCUUGCCAAUGUACUGGAUUUUGAACUGUACUAUUUAUUAGUAAUUUGCAAUUUCUUUUGAUUAUGGUCUCUGUAGAACCUUUUGCCAACUCUGUAGCUCCAGCAACCCAGCAUGUUAUAAAUUCCGCGCAAAAUGGGGUAAAAUU